AGUACAUUCCGUAAGGUUUUUGUUGAAGGAACAGGGUUGGGAAAACUUGUCAGCAAUAAAUAUGCCCGCCACCUAGGCGUCUGACUUGUGAGACUUGCGGAUGCCACAAGCCGGUGGAGACACGGACACACGUUUGAUAUCUCCAUGAGUAAUGAACCCAUUCUGGAGCAUGUCUACAAACGCUGGUCGUAAGAGAUCUGAUAGUGAGGAACAGGGGGGUCAGGGGGAGCAGAGAGGCAGCCCGGCAAGGCCUCCUUUUGGGAAGAAACAGUUGCCGUCUAUCCCUAAGAACGCACUCCCUAUCAGCAAGCCUGCCUCUCCUGCCAAUGCUGCUCAGUCUGCUAACGGCACACAUGCUUCCUAUGGGCCCUUCUACCUGGAGUACUCGCUGCUUGCCGAGUUCACAUUGGUGAUCAAACAGAAACUCCCAGGCAUCUAUGUGCAACCAUCCUACAAAUCUGCCUUAAUGUGGUUUGGGGUGAUAUUCAUUCGACAUGGAUUAUACCAGGAUGGUGUGUUUAAAUUCACGGUGUACAUUCCCGAUAACUACCCUGAUGGAGACUGUCCAAGAGUGGUGUUUGAUAUCCCUGUGUUUCACCCUCUGGUUGACCCUGUGUCAGGAGAGCUCGAUGUGAGGAGAGCAUUCACUAAGUGGAGACGAAAUCACAACCACAUUUGGCAAGUUUUGAUGUACGCCCGCACUAUCUUCUACAAGAUUAACACCAUGGAGCCACUCAACCCAGAGGCUGCUGUUCUGUACGAGAAGGAUAUUCAGCUAUUCAAAAGCAAGGUGGUGGACAGUGUAAAACUAUGCAACAGCCACCUGUUUGAUCAGCCCAAGAUAGAGGAUCCAUAUGCAAUAAGUUUUUCUCCAUGGAACCCAGCAGUCCACGAUGAGGCAAAAGAAAGGAUGUUCACACACAAAAGGCGACCUGAGGAUCACCAAAAAGGCAUGCAAGUGACAGGACUUUCCUGGGUGAAGCCAGGAUCCACCCAGCCCUUCAGCAAAGACGACAACUCCCUGCAGACCUGAAUCUAUUUUUUUUUUUUUUUGCAAUCUCUGGCCACUAGAGGGAGGCACAGAGCUGGAUUCAUACCACAGUACCCCUGUUGCUGUCAGUAACCACAGAGAGUAGACUGCGAAGCAGCUUUAUGGACUUCAUUUCCAUUCAAUACACUUUGCUCAGCUUUAAAGAACAUGGUAGACAAAAAAAAAAAAGACAUUAGAACAUAAACCUGGCACAUGCUUCCCCUGUGUCAAUCAACUUUGACUUAACUGGGUGGAUGUCUUAGCAGCAACAAGGCUGGAAUGUCAUGGACUUGCAUAGAGCUUAUUGCUUAGGCUUGACGACGUUACUUGCACAUCAUUUUUUUUUUGUUUGUUUUUUGUUUUGUUUUCAGGUGCAACAGAACACCUCACAAUAGUGUGUAAGCAACAUAUGUAAAAAUGUCUUUUUAUAAAUGAAAGUAAAGAUGAACUCAGUUCAUUACAAAUUCACAAAGAAUGUUUUGUAGAACUCAGGAGGGCAUGUUUUCAGUCUUACAUCAUUUUUUUUUUUUUUAAAUGAGCUUUUAAAUUUUCCUUCCAUCCAAAUUCAGUCAGAGUGACUUCAAUCAUAAUAUAAUUUAUCAAAUGGGGAAAUUAGAUAACACCACACAGUUUUUAAGUAAAGAUUUGUUUUGCUUUUUUUUUUUUUCCCCCUUUGCAUUUUCAAUGGAUUAA